GAGCUCGGCCCUGUCACUGUUGUCGGUGUCCCGUCAAAUUUCUCCGAGAAGGGAAGAAGCUCCGAUAGACUUCGUCAAUGGAGGAGCAGAGCAGAGGGAGCGAGGAGAGAUGGCGAGGAUCUCUAGAGAAUCUGACGGAAAUGGCCUCGAACCUCGAUUCUCUCCAGAAGCUUCUCCUUAAGAAAGCUGUCUUUGUCGAGGAAGAUGCAUUCGCCAAAGCUUCCCUCGUCUCCGAACAAGCCCGAACGAUCAAGGUUCUCGAGCAAAGGGUAGAGACGCUUGAGAGAGAACUGGAUGCCGCCAUCACGGCUGCUGCUCAUGCCCGGUCAGAAAAACGCCAGGCCGAGGCAGCUCAAAAGGCUGCUGAAUUACGUGCGCAGGAAGUCACGAAAGAACUCGAGAACACCACUAAGGUUUUCAAGUUGCAUAUGGAGGAGCUAAAAGGGAUGCAGGAACAGAUAGCGAAGCGUGACAAUGAGAUAAAGCUAUUAGAGGCCAUCAUUCAGACCCUCGGCGGGAAACAAGGCUUACCAAAGUGAUGUUUUCUUAAUCUUCUCUACUGUAAAUUGUACACUCUCAUUCCCGUCUUAUCACAAGAAAAUGGCCUUUGUAACAUAAUCGUAACUAUAAGGGACUGUGGAACGGCGUCAUUUGCCUCUUUUUACU